GCAACCCAUGUGUGAAUUGCCAAACCAAACCAAUGUGCUUUCCAGUACACCAAACAGAGUCUUUCAAACUACCUCUUACUAAUUUUCAAACCAGCUCUGGCUUUUUAGUUCUUUCAGAAAACAGUGCUAUUGCAACCAGCCAGGCAAAACUCCCAAAUACACAAGGAGAUGGUGCACCCUUACAAGAGACUGGUCAGAUUCCUCUAAAGGAUGAGAGUAACGAAAUCUUAGGCAGAACUAAACGUAACGUUGUGCCUCCUGGAUGGUACUCUGUGUAUGUAACAAACAAUAUCAUGUUUAGAAAGUCAUCCAGUGCAAAAAAGUCCUUAGAAAGUUUGGAAAACAUUAAAAUAAAUGAAGAUGCUGAAAGAUGCAGUGACAUAAAUAUAAGCAAAAUUGUGAGAGACACAAAUCUGCAAGUUGUUGUGGAGCGUUUAGAAGAUACAUUAAACUUAGCCAGAAAAAGUAACAACUCAUUAUUGGAUAGUUACAAAAUAAGCCAAAAAUUAAAAGAUAAUGCAUACGAACAGGUUAUGAACCCAGCUGCUAGAAGGGGCUUACCCUUCACUCUGAGUGAAAUGGGAUGCACAGGACAAAGCUUCAUUUCACAUUCACAUGUGCCAAGCAGCAGUAAAAUCAGAGCAAUUUGUGUCACAACAAACAAACAAGAAAUGGUUAUAGAUCAAGAAAUUAAUGAUGGCCUUUUGAAAUCUCUGACCUUUAAUUCAUCCAGCUCAAAUUCUAGUAAUGGGGACUUGGAUGUAACACCUGAAGCUGGGGAGAUCUCAUCUCCCUUAAACUACUCUAGUCCUGUUAAGCUUAUGUUUGUCUCAGAGGUCAAUAGUCAUGAAGGAGUCAAAUACACUUUGACAUCUGCAGCUGCAUCUCCUAAAGGAAGCACAGAUCUCUGUUUGUUUCAAGAGCACACGAACACUUCGUUAGACAAACAGGCCACGGGAGACCUUUCUCAUGCAGUCUGUGUCAAGGACUGUGAUUGCAGUGAAAAUGAUACCAAGGAGGAGUCAAGCUGUGUUUAUGCAGAAGCAAUUACAAGCUCUUGUCCAGUUGGUCAGACUAACGUAAAUGACUUGAAAAAAAAUGAUGAAAUUGUGGAGAAAUCAAGCAGUAGCAGUGAAUUGGUUUUAAAAAGAAAACCCGGUAGACCAAAGAAAAUAGGUCCUCAAGUAGUUAAGCAGGUUAAGAGACCUAUUGGACGGCCUCCAAAACCAAAAAUGGAUAUGAAUGAAAGCACAAAAGCUAGACCUGAACUUAGCAGUGGUGGUAAAAGCAUCAAGUCUGAUGCAGCAGUAUUGGAAGAAGCUAACAGCAACAAAAAUAUUACUGUGACAGUUGUUUUUGGAAGGUCAAGAAGAACAAAGAGACAUGUUUCUGAAGGUAAUCUAAAUGUGAUUAGUGUGCUGCCCACACAACAUAUUGAUUCUAAUUUUGCCAAUGACCCCAGCAAAGUGAGGCACAAUACAGAAACUGGAAAUGCUUUGACUGAAAUAGUAAAAACCUUUCAGAAUCCUGCUACUGAAAAGGAGGAGGUCUCUGGUUAUGACUAUGUCAGACCUAUCAAGAGUAACCCAGCGUCACCACAUCCUUGCAGCAAUGUCAUUCGGCAGAUUAAGAAACCGUUAACCACCAUUCGAAAACCUGGUAGGCCAGCAAAAGUAAAAAUUUCUGGCAUAUCAGUGACUGUUAGUAGACUUUCACCUCAGGAAAGAAAAGUGAGCAUUAGCAACGGUUUGCCUCCUUUACAACAGCAGAAUGUGUUAGAAAAAAACACACCACAGGAGAGAAAAAAUCAACUGUGCAAUAAUAUGGGUCAAGUAAAGAACGUGCAGAAAGAUUCUAGAGAGGAUGGAUCACCCAAUGUUACUGCAGCAAUGUCAAGAAAACGUGACAUUCCAUCAAGACAUUCUGCUAGAGACAGAAAACCCUCACUGCAUUUUUUACAUUCAUUAGCAUCUUCUAGUGCAUUUACUUGUAGAAGUGCCUUACUACAUAAGUCUUAUAAACUCCAUUUGAAAAAAGCUAAAGAGCGAAAGGAAAAACGUGCGCAAUCAAAUCAGAGCACAGCAUCCAAAGAUACCUCAGAGCUGAGAAAUUUGGGAAAUGCUAAAAAGGAUCUUAAGGAUGAUGAAUUCGGGCGCAUUAAUGAAGUAUCAUCAGAUCCCAUAUUUUCAUCAAAUCCCUCUCUCAGGUGGUGGCCUACUUCCACUUCAAGUGACACUUUGUUGGAAGAACUAAAUAAUAGAUUUGAACAGAUAACUAAUACCUGGUUGCGCGUGGGGGGAAGUGAGUCUGAUAAAUGUGUAUGUGAAAAAAGGGAUCCCAUUGAACAAGACUGUAAUACUGAAGUGUCAAACCCUUUAGACUCCUGCCUUGUAGAACUUGAAACAUCACCUGUAAAAAUGCUUUUCCAGAAAAAGUAUAAUAUGAAUGAACUCUGCACCUGGUUUAUGCAAACUACAGAAACACAGUCUCUCUCUCUAGUGAGAAAGGCAAAUGCUCGCAAUCCCUUAGAAGUAGUUAGUACUAGAGAGACAAAGACAGAAACUAAACAAUCUGAUCUUAGUACUUGCCCUUUCAGAAAGCACUUUAAAAAGUUUGCACUAUCCUCCCCUUCAAAACCAGCAGGGAAAUUGCAAAUAUUGCAUAACAUAGUGAGGUCUCCAGUCUUAAGCAUGAAAAAUAAUUUUGCAUUAGCCAGAUUAAAAAGAAAUGAAUUUAAAAAGUUGCAGCGUGAUAGCUGGGGACAAACGAAAAAGCUCUAUAAUGCAGCUCCUGGAGGCUGGAAAUCAAAAAAGAAAAAUUUGCAGUUAUUUUGCCAAAGCCAGUUGUUUAAAAGUACAAGUGGGGAAACCAAUGAUGAAACACCCAAGCUCCAGGAAAAAAAUAUGCUAGAAAUCCAGCCCGCUCAGACUUUGUUAGAGUCUCAGAAAAGCCUCUUGCCAACUGAAAAUGAAGCCAGAGAUGCAUUUGUUCAACAGAUGAUGGGAUCCUCUGACUUUAACCCACAUCCUGGUAUAGCAAAUAUACUUAAGUCACAUCCAGAGACGAAUGGAACAAUUUGUUGCCAGCAAAAUGUUAGAAAAGAACAAAGCCAAGAUAAACUGUUUCAAAAUACUUGGAAAGCCAAAACCUUUAAAGACUGUAGGAUAUUUCUGAGAAAAAUCAACCAUAUUGAGCAGCACAAUUCAUUUAAGCUAAAUAAUGUCAUUUAUUCUCCUGAAGCUGUUGAGAGUAAAAGCACUCAGGCCUAUAUGGAAGAAAAAAGACAUCCUCUUUUAAGGUCCCAUUCUACUAAGCAAAAUGCAUUAAAGAAACAAGAAAAUGAAAUGGAAACAUCUAAAGGAUCUAAUUCCUCUAAAGUGACUGAAAGGCUGGAUGACCAGUUUCACAGCAGAAAGUUAAAUAGUAGUGUAAACCAGGACGAUAAUCCUGCUGGUAGUUCUGAAGUUCUUAUCAGAAUAAACAAAAGAAAAAGUCCACAAUGGGAGACCACUGAUACAAAUUUAAGAAAAAGGCAUAAGAGACAAUCAUGCAGUAGUGGACAAAUGGCACCUUAUUACCCAAAGUACCAAGUAGGAAGGAAAAGAUCAGAGCAUCCAGAGGAAAAGAGUACAAGGCAAAAACGAGACAAAAGAUAGAGGCUGAAGAACAACACAAGGAAAUGCAGGGAAUGGGAGCCAUACACCAGUUACGGAGUGUUGGGAACUAGGGUUAGGAAAUGAGAAAUGCCUUUUCCACUGCCAUGUCAGAAACGCAAGGACACAAGCCUUCUGGAGAGCAUAUAUCAAAAUGUAAAAGAAUUAAAACCGUGUUUCAGAUGAUCUGUGAAAAAUAUCAGUGAAUUGUCACUUUAGCUGUUAUAUAAACUGUCUUUCCCUCGUGCCAGGACAGAGGAAAAGAUUUAAUCAGUCAGUCCAUGGUAUUUAGCAAUGCAAGCCAAUAUGUUUUAGGCUAUAGCCCUAUACUGACUGUCUGGCCUCAGCUACCCUGCACACUCAUGUGAGCACUUACACUACAGCAGAUUCAGUCCUUCAGAAUUUGCACUCGAGUCCUGUUUCAUUAUAUGCAGCAAGUAAAAGCCAUUAAGAGAUAUUUUUUCUGUUUAAAUAUUCCUUUGAUAGGAAACUGUGUUUUUAGCAUGGUGCUUACCUCCUACCCCUAAUUACAAUACUUAGGACAUUAUUUUUUAGUAUCUCAGUAAUCAGAAAUAUUUUCAAUUUUGUGUCAUUCUUGAAAUCUUUGAAAAGGAUGGUGAAAAACAAUGAAUUGCACACAGCAGGUAAAUCACUGCAGGAGGUAGACAAUACAAAAAAAGUAGGGAUGGAGGGGUUUGAAAUCAGGAUUGAAAUUGUCUUCUGUCUGUGCUUUAUAUGUGAAUAAAGACAUUCUUUAUGAUGAAGAUGGUGAAACACUGGAACAGGCUGCCCAGAAACAUUCAAGGUCAGGCUGGACGGGGGUCUGAGCAUCCUUAUCUAGUUGAAGAUGUCCCUGCUCAUUUCAGGGGGAGGUUGCACUGGAUGGCCUUUAAAGGUCCCUUUCAACCCAAACUAUUCAAUGAUUCAAUCCGCAUGUCUGUCCUAGUCUGUUUAGUGACCCCUACAAAGGGCUGGAUUUCUUUCCCUUCUUGUAUUACUUAUUUUCCUAGAUUUGAAACAAAAUACUGUCUAUGUGUUAGACCUUUCAUGGCUGUACCAAAUGAACAUUGUCAGCGAAAAAAACAAGCCCCAAACUUUUGCCCAGGUCCUGCUCUAUGCCUUUACAGUGCCAGCUGGAGAUAAUUUAAGCAACAGAACCCUGUUAUUGCACUUCUGCAAAGGAACAGUGUGAGCAGAAGACUGACGUGGGAGGGGCUCUGAGUUCCCAACACAAACAAGCCCAGUCUACUUUACAACACAGAGCACAGCACAGUCAGGUUCUAAUCUCAGUGUUUCUGGAACAUAGUGCAGUAAAACAACAAAAAAAAAAACCACCAGAAUGCACAGUCUGCCACCACCUCAUCUUGCCUCUUAUCAGCUUGUGUGCAGGGGAAGAGGAAAGUGUACUAAACUUUUUGUCAUUUUUUCCCCCCUCUCCUACCCCCAC